GUUAUGAAACAUUUUAUAUAAAAAAGAUACUAGGCUGAACGCUGCGGAAGUUUAGGUGUCAGCCCAUUCAUUGUUCUUUACUCAUUUAAGAGACUCCGGUUAUUAAGCAAUAAUAUCAAGCUAUCAUUGUUUGUUUUUGUUAAUCAGAAAAUACCCAUGUAUAAAUGUUUAGUCAAGCUAUUUUCACCAUGUGAAUCUCAGUAUACUGUGUGGAUUGAAGGGGUAUAUAUCACGUCUACUAGACCUGUUCAUGUCGUAGAGAGGGUUGAGAUGACGUUGUGUGGUGGAUAAUACUGAAAAGUUCAUUAGUACAAUUAAUGACAUUAAGGACGCUAUGUUAUACUUAGGUAAUAGUAUGAAUUGAGUACUAGGUACUAGGUAAUAGGGGUAUGCCCGCGCUCCCGCACCGUGACACAAACGUGUUUUCCCGGCCCCGGUUCUCCAAAAUGACAUUGUUAAUCAGAGUCGAAAGUUUAUCCUGCGGAGCCUUUAUUGCUCCGAGUUACAAAUACCCUAACUAUACCUAUUAAAGCAUCAAGCUACAACCUCCACAUCAUAAUACAAGGUCUCCGUAAGAGGUGUAUUUCCAAGCUCGGCUUGUCUAUAAUAUCCGCCAUGACCGAGCCAACGAUCCCUAUUGCGCAUCCUCAUAAGAAGACUGUCUUCGUCACUGGUGCGAAUGGAUACAUCGGAUCCGCGGUAUGCCGAACUUUCGUCCGCGCCGGUUGGCGCACCUACGGCCUCGUCCGACGUCCCGAAGCUGCUAGCACACUAAUUUCUGACGAAGUCAUUCCUAUCAUCGGCUCCAUCUCCAAGGAUGCCGGCUUCCUAGAGGACCUGCACAAGCAUACGAAGACCGUCGACGUAGUUAUCUCGUGCACGGAACAGCUCCCGUUCGGGGAGCACUUCGAAGCCCUCCUCAGCUUGUUCCGUAAAUUGGCCGCGACCUCCAACCAAAACGGCGUUAGGCCUCUAGUGAUAACGACCUCGGGGUGCAAAGACUACGGCGUGACUGGCGUUCAUGGGUCGCCCGGUCUCGCUCCACAUACCGAGGACUCGCCCCUCCAGCCCGUGGACAUCAUCCGCGAACGCGCGUUAAAAUCCCUCGACAUCUUCGUGCACGAGGAUCUAUUCGACGCGGUACUAGUGCGGCCCACACCCUUAUUUGGGUAUGAUAGCAGCUAUUACGGCCUCGCGUUCGAGGCGGCCGAAGCGGCCGCCAGAACAGAAAAUCGUGCGCUCCAGCUACCUAUCGAUUUCAACACCAUCUUGCAUGGUUGUCAUAUUGACGAUUGUGCCGAGGCGUAUCUGGCGCUGGCUGAGCAUGCGGACCGCGCCGCUGUUGUGAAACAGUGCUUCAACAUCUCGGCGCAUAGGUACGACACGCUUUCGAACAUAGCGAAGGCGCUCGAAGUAGAGUACAGCCUAAAAGGUGGCGUGGUGGAGAUUUCUCCCGCCCACGCGAAUGCCGUGGUAUCAUCUCUCAACUUGGUCCUUGGUUAUACUCAGUUUGUGGACAGCACAAAAAUUAGGCGGUUGACGGGUUGGACUGACAGGAGGAUGCUGCUCUCGGAGAACCUGCACGUGUAUCGUAUGGCUUAUGAAGAAGCGGCUAGGCGGGGACACGAAGGGGUAUUGAGGAUUAAGGAGAGGAUGAGUGUCCUUUCUUCUGUUAAAGUGUAGUGUAACGGGAUAACAGAGUAGUUACAUGGAACAUAGCAGAACAACCCUGAAAGCGUUUGCUAUGUCUAGCUAACGAGGAGGUAGAUUAA